AUGCUUAUUUAUGCUAUGAGAAUAUUGGACACUACCACCUCAUGCCAUAUUUAUCAGAGACCACCUCCAGGGAAAAGUUUGAAGACUCACGCCUCUUGCCUCCGGGCUAGGCUCGAAGAUUCCCGCCUCCGAGCGAUGCUCUCUCCGGAGAAUGCUUCUCGCCUCCGAGCGAUGCACUCUACAGGAAAGGCUCACGCCUCCAACCUCCGGGUUCGCCUCGAAGACUCUCGCGUCCGAGCGAUGCUUCUUAUGAGGAACGAUUUCCGCUUCCGAGCGACGCACCCUUCGGGUAUUGAUUCAUGCCUUCCGCCUCCGGGCAAGGCUAAAAUACCGCCUCCGAGCGAUGCAUCCUUUGGGGAUUGA